ACACAAUUCACAAAUAACGGGUCGGGUAAAAGACCGUUCUCACCAGUGACCCAAACUAUGUCACUGAGAACAAAAAUCAAACACCUCGCCGGCAUUUACCACACCGCCACCCGCAACCUCUCCCACCACCUCAACCACCGCCCCCAACCGCUGCCUAAGCAGGACCCGUACUCCCUGCUCAAGGAAGACCCAAUUCAAGUCCUCUCGGACCUCUGGGUGAAGUCAUUCUCCCAGACACAAAAACCCUUCCAAAACCUCACCGGCUUCCUCUCGAAGCUCGACCUCUGGCUGCUCGCCUACCAGCGGGCCUGCGCUCACGCCACCGGCUCUUUCCCUCCCAGAAACGCCAUCCCCGCGCACACCCUCGCCGAUCUCCUCUCCCUGCAAAACGCCGUCGUUCGCGGCGAGUUCAGAUGGGAUUCCAAAGCCCAGCAAUUAAUUCGCAGCCCGAACGACAAGACUCCUCUCCACCUACUCUCGAGAAGCAAGCUCCGGUCGAUGAUGGAGUCCGGCGCGCCACUUUUCCAGGACCGGGUAGUUCAGGAGGUUCUGUUGAUGAUUCUCGAGCCGAUUUUCGAGGCCCGUUUUUCGGCAAAAUCUCACGCUUUUCGGCCUGGUAGGAAUCCUCACACUGUUAUUAGAACAAUCAGGAGUAAUUUUGCUGGGUACUUGUGGUUUAUCAGAGGUGAUUUGAGUGAUAUUGUUGAUAAUUUAGAUUCGAAUAUAAUUCUGGAUUGUGUUGAAAAGUCAGUGAAAGAUAAGAAAGUGCUGAAAUUAAUUAAAUCGGGGCUGAGAGGAGCAGGAAAGAGUCCGAAACGUGUGGAAGAUAAUGGUGAGAAAAUGAGCAAGAACAAGAUAAAGAAGGGGCAGACUAAGAAGAGGAUAUUGCUGGAUAAUGAGCCCAAGCCGGACCCGUAUUGGCUCAGGACAUUCUUCGAUUUUGCUCCUGAAGAGGCUGCAAAAGUGCCCGAAUACGGUUACUGUGGAAUUCUCAGUCCUUUGCUGACGAACAUCUGCCUGAACGAAUUCGAUUUCAUGAUGGAAGAAAAGAUAGUGGAAUUUUUUCGGCCUUCUGAGUCCGACUCGAUUUGGAAGUACUCGAUAAACGAUGGCUGCCACAAUCCAUCUUGGCCGGAGUUUGUGCCGACGAGCGGAAGCGAGAAAAAAACUCGGAAAAUGGACUACAUUCGGUUCGCGGGCCAUUUUCUCGUCGGCAUCAGAGGCCCCAGAGAGGACGCUGUCGGUAUAAGAAAAGAAAUAAUCGAGUUUUGCGACAAAAGAUUCAUGUACCGACUGGACAAUUCCAAGGUUGAGAUCGAACACAUCACGAGAGGCAUCCAGUACACCUCGACAGGUGGAAAAAUCGUGAGCGAGAAAGGCGUGGGGACCUUGCUUUCGGUCACCGCUAGCUUGCAGCAGUGUAUUCGUCGCUUCAGGCGACUUUCUUUCGUGAAGGGCGAUAAGGAUCCGGAGCCUCUUCCUUGUACUCCAAUGCUCUAUUCGGGCCAAGCCCACACAAAUGCUCAGAUGAACAAAUUACUCGAAACCAUGGCCGAUUGGUACAGGUACGCAGAUAACCGGAAGAAAAUUGUUGGGUUUUGUGCUUAUGUUGUGCGUAGCUCGUUGGCUAAAUUAUACGCCGCUAGAUAUAGGCUGAAAUCCCGUGCGAAAGUGUAUAAGAUUGCCGCACGUGAUCUCAGCCAUUCAUUGAGGGAAAGCAGUAAUAAUUCUGCCCCUGAGUAUUCGGAUCUUUUGCGAAUGGGGCUUGUGGAUGCUAUCGAGGGUGUUCGGUUUUCUCGUAUGUCUUUUAUCCCGUCUUGUGAUUACACUCCUUUUUCGAGGAAUUGGGUUCCGGAUCACGAGAAGCUUCUGCAGGAGUAUAUUAAGUUACAGGAUGCUAGAUUCUUUUGUGAGCUGAGUAAGUCGGUUAAACGGGAAGGCCUGUGUUUGCCUCAGGAGAAUAUAUCUAAGAUUGUGUGGGAUGUCAAGGUUCUUGGAUUGUGGAGCAAGAGAUUUGAAAAUGAUGAAGAUAGAGAAAAAUAAUAUUUAGGCGGUGUUUUUCGUGAAUACUGGUUAUCGAGUCUGCACAAAAUCUAACCACGGGGACUCCUUAUUGAAUGAGCUUUGGCGCUUGGUCAGACAUAUAGCUAACCAGUGCUUCUGUGCAAUGUUCGCUAGUCUGGGAUUUUAUAUGGUGACCAAUGAGCUCAGUUCUUUCAGAUAUACAACUCAGAAAGGUACUUACCAAUUUACUCGUAGUAAACAGGUUAAAAGAGUUUUACUGUUUGGUGAUUUGUUGAGCAAUAUUGUUUGUCAGUAUGCAUAUUUCAGUUUGCUCCUAUUGAAUUCAAUAUCUGGGCAGGAGCUCUUGUUGUAUACUUUCGAACGAUUUUGCGCCCAUUCAUACGGUAACUUUUGAUAUUUGUAGACGAAAAAUUUAGUUGAUUUCGGUGUUUGAUAAUCAGGUUGAAUAAAUUCAUGAAAG